UAUUAAAAACAUUUAUAACCUUAUUUACGAGUCUGUUUUUAAAGUCCAAUGGGUGAAUGUGAGAAUAUUUUAUGCAUUUUUCAAUACUAAUAUUUUUAUUAGAGAUUAUAUAUAUAUAUACGGUAUAAUAGUUUAAUUACUAUCAUUGAUCAAUUGUGUAGCAUUAUUGUCCGUUUUGAAUCGUAACAUAUUAUUAUUAAGAAUCACUAAAAAAAUAUGGCAGAAAAUUUUGAAAGAGAUAUUCCUCCCAUGUAUACAAAUAAGGAACAAAAAACAGUUGGUCAGCCACUCUCUGAUUUCCUCUUACAAUUAGAAGACUAUACACCAACGGUACCUGAUGCUAUUAGCGAACAUUAUUUGCACACUGCUGGUUUUAAUACUAUCGAUCCUAGAAUAGUGCGUUUAGUAUCAUUAGCUGCUCAAAAAUUUAUAUCGGAAAUUGCAAAUGAUGCUCUUCAACACGGCAAAACACGUGGUGCUAAUCAAAAUACAAAAACCAAAGGAAAGGAUCGACGUUAUAUGCUUACUAUGGAAGAUCUGACUCCUGCAGUUGCAGAAUACGGCAUCAUUGUUAAAAAACCACAUUACUUUGUUUAAAUAAAAUCAAAUAUAUUCCUUAUUAAAAAAUUAGUCUUUUACUAUAAAUAGUUUAUGAAAACAUUUUUAAUAUCGUGACAAAUUCGGUACUUUAGAUUCAAACUUUUAUGCAAGUUUCUUUGAAAAAGUUAAAUUAUUAAUACACUUAAUUUUAUAUUUUUUAAGUGAAAAUUUCUUUUGGCUCACCGCAUACACACUUUUUUGUCAGGCAUUGAAUGAAUUUGAUCUGUCAUAUUCCCAGAUAUAACACUAAUCUUUUUACCUUAAGUAUAGGAAAUCUUAACGCAAGAUUUUCAAAUAAAUUACAAAGGUGUGCACUGUCCCGCAGUGCAUUCUUGGAAAUCUUAUGCCUAAUAGAUUGUUGAUUACGCACACACAACUUGGUGUAUUUUAAGAUAUAAUAUUAUUCAUACAGUUUAACUACUAUCGGAACACAAACUGCAAACAGUUGAAUAGAAUCUUGCCAAUAGUAAUGACCCUAAAACAAAAAAUAAUUUUAUAUAUAUAUAACAUAUAACUUAUAUAUUACUUUUAUUAAUUUGUUGUUAUAUCAUAAAUGAUAGAGUAUUACAGAUCUGGAGAUUAACGCAAAUAAAGUAUAUGAAAUGAAAAUUA